GGGCCAGACCACCGCCGGCCAGCGCCUAAUUCAGGUCUCAAGCUCUUUGACAAGGAGCGGUGGGGUCCUGUCUCCUCGCCACCCCCCCCAAAUCUUCUCAGUUGUGGCUCCCUCCUCCGGGUAAACUUUCUCUCCGGAGCAGGGUUGAUUUCCUAGGCUUUCUUUCCCUUCCCUCGGUAGCGCUCUGACGUGCACACCAUGUGACAAGCCUCCUACUAUAAGCCGGGGAAAGGUCCGCCCUCUCCUGGACUCAGCCCUCGCCUCGCCGAGCUCGGUCCCUCGACUCUCAUCUGUCCCGCACCCUCCCGGGCGCCCGACUCUCUGACUCUCCCGCUCGGGGCCUCGCCACCCCCUCCUCACUGACCAGGGCGCAGGACGCUCGGAAAGGGGAAGGUCAAGUCCCCCGCCUGGGACCGGUGCGCGCGGGGCCGAGGGAGUGCAGAGACCGAGCGGCGCGCGCGGCCGCGUAGGAGUUACAAAGUCGCGGCGCGAGCGUCCCCGGCCGCCGGGCAGCCCCGGCACAGCUCGAGCAGCGGCGGCGCCCCCAGCGUGGCGCCCCCGUGCCGGGCCCGCCGCCCGGGACCCGGGCUGGGGAACGGCGGGAGCCCGGCGCCCGGCGCCCCUAUGCGCCGCCCCGCCGCCCGCGCGCCACAGCUAUGACCCUGAGCACGGAGAUGUCCGAUGCCUCCGGCCUCGCGGAGGAGACAGACAUCGACGUGGUAGGGGAGGGCGAAGACGACGACGACGAGGAGGAGGACGACGACGAGGGCAGCGGUGGCGUGUCCCGCCUGGCGGUCCCCGCGCAACGGCGGCGGCGGCGGCGCUCCUACGCCGGGGAGGACGAGCUAGAGGACCUGGAGGAGGAGGAGGAGGAGGACGAUGACAUCCUGCUGGCCCCGCGCUCAGGGGCCUCCCCCGCGCCCCCGGGCCCAGCCCCAGCGGCGGGGGCCGGGGCCGCUGGGGGCGGCGGCGCGGGCGCGGGAGGCGGCGGCGGCGGCGGUGGCGCGACCGCGGGCGGCGGCGCCAAGAACCCGCUGGUGAAGCCGCCCUACUCGUACAUCGCGCUCAUCACCAUGGCCAUCCUGCAGAGCCCCAAAAAGCGGCUGACGCUGAGCGAGAUCUGCGAGUUCAUCAGCGGCCGCUUCCCUUACUACCGGGAGAAGUUCCCCGCCUGGCAGAACAGCAUCCGCCACAACCUCUCGCUCAACGACUGCUUCGUCAAGAUCCCCCGCGAGCCCGGCAACCCCGGCAAGGGCAACUACUGGACGCUGGACCCCGAGUCCGCCGACAUGUUCGACAACGGCAGCUUCCUGCGGCGGAGGAAGCGCUUCAAGAGGCAGCCGCUGCUCCCGCCCAACGCCGCCGCCGCCGCCGAGUCGCUGCUGCUGCGCGGCGCGGGGGGCGCGGGGGGCGCGGGCGACCCGGCGGCCGCCGCCGCGCUCUUCCCGCCCGCGCCGCCGCCGCCGCCGCACGCCUACGGCUACGGCCCCUACGGCUGCGGCUACGGCCUGCAGCUGCCGCCCUACGCGCCGCCCUCGGCCCUCUUCGCCGCCGCCGCGGCCGCCGCGGCCGCCGCUGCCUUCCACCCGCACUCGCCCCCGCCGCCGCCGCCGCCGCCCCCGCCGCCGCACGGCGCGGCCGCCGAGCUGGCCCGGACCGCCUUCGGCUACCGGCCGCACCCGCUCGGCGCCGCCCUGCCCGCGCCCCUGCAGGCCUCGGCGGCCAAGGCGGGCGGCCCGGGCGCCUCGGCGCUGGCGCGCUCGCCCUUCUCCAUCGAGAGCAUCAUCGGGGGCAGCCUGGGCCCGGCCGCCGCGGCCGCCGCGCAAGCCGCCGCCGCGGCGCAGGCCUCGCCCGCCCCCUCCCCCGUGGCGCCGUCCGCGCCCGCGCCCGGGUCCGGAUCCGGCGGCGGCGGCUGCGGGGCUCAGGCGGCCGUAGGCCCGGCGGCCGCGCUCACCCGCUCGCUCGUGGCCGCCGCGGCCGCCGCCGCCUCCUCGGUCUCCUCGUCGGCCGCCCUGGGGACUCUGCACCAAGGGACUGCCCUGUCCAGUGUCGAGAACUUUACUGCUAGGAUUUCAAACUGUUAAUAACGCUAUGUUAGAGCGCUUGGGAAAGAGAAGGUAGGAAUCCCGGCUCCUUUUUUUUUUUUCCUUCAUGUUGGUGGUUUGGUGUUUUGUUCGUUCCUCGGGGCGCGGCCCCUCCCGACCUCGCGCCCCGGUUUUCGCCUCUUGGGAUUCUCAGACCCGACUGUGUUUGGCAGCAGCUGAGGUGCGGUUUUCGGCUCUGCGGGUCCCUCUAUUUAUGCAAAGUCGCCCUAUGCUGCAGCCUCCCACCCCGCGUCGGGGUGGGAAGGAAGAGGGUGCUGGUGGGUGCCCUCCCUUGUGUAAGCGCAAGGGGCUUCCUUGACUUGUGGGAAAAUUUAAAAAAAAAAAAAAAUCUAAGCCUUUAUGAAGGUCUAGAGAUUCUCAGGUCCAGGCGUUGAAAGUAUCAAUAAUGUUCAAAAGAAUGUAAAGGUCCUGAUUUACUAUUUACGGUUUUACGAAUUUUUAUUUACUAUUUACGAAUAGUAAAGGUCCUGAAGAGUGCCAGCGAACCAAUAGUUUUUACUUGAGGACACUCGUCUGGUGUAGUUUUUCAUGAAAAGGAGAAAUGAUUAACAUGUUUACAUAAGGAAAAAAGUCCAAAAUUACCAUUUCUUAUUUUAACCUGUGUUUUGUAUCAUAAUAGACAUGCGGAAUUUUUAUUUUGUACUUACUGCGUAUUCUUUACAAGGAGUAUUGUAAAUUUUACUGGCAAUUAUUAUUGUACUAUUCUAAUGUAAGAUUUUUACACUUUUUCAGAAAUAAAAUGCUUAAUUUUCAAAGAAAAU